CGGUGUUCUCCCUUUGAUGCCCUGUCGACGUAUUCCACGCAGUGUUAUCAUUCCGUCUCCAUCGUUUCGAAUUCUUGUGCCUUUGAACGACGUGUCUUGUCCCAUUCUAACAUUUCGAAAGGAACACAUUACACGCCACCCAUCACUUCAACACUUCAUCACCACAUCGCCCGCCAUGCCUAUCCGCAUCCCCAACGCCCGCUCCAGCGAAGUCCUCUGCUUCGGCGCCGCCGGCGUGGGCGUCUUCGCCCCCUUCUACAUGUUGCUCCCCGGCGCCGAGGAGCGCCUAGCCGCCCGGACCGCCCGGUGGGCCCCGCGCUGGGAGCGCAACAUCACCUUCUUUAAGUCACCAGUCGAGCGCAGCAUCCAGCGGGUUACCCCGCCCAUCGGGAGGACGGUCCAGAGGAUCGACCGGAGGCUGCCCCUCGAGAGGAUGGCCCAGAAUGUGGACAGGAGGAUCAAGAAUGGCAUCGAUAAGGUCCACCUCCACCACUCAUAAGUGAGCUGGAAGGAUGUGUGUGUCGAGUUGGAGGGGCGUUUAUCUGAACGCACGCUGGCUCUUGCGUACUACCACGACAUGACGCAAGCAUGCCGCUGAUGGAGAGAGAAGGCUCGUCUCCAGUGGGGUUUCAACCAGACUGUUGCCAGCUUGUGGCCAAUGCUACCCAUCGUCCGUUUCCGGGUGAGGAAUUGUUGGCGAGAUUGUCUCGAUAUGAGAUUAGAUAGGUAGUUGGCUGUGGCCGUGAUACGUGCGAAUAGUCUGUCUCAUCAAUGAAACCAAGGGGCCAUUAUUGGCACCUGUAAAGUCCAUUACGCCUUGACACAUUGACUUCGUUGUGUCACUAAAUCCAUUGUCAGC